ACCAACACUCCAGCUUUUAUCUUCCGGCCGGAACCACAAUGAAGUAUUUUUAGCAUCCCGACUCCGGGCCUCGUUACUCUUUUUACAUGCGCAGAUAAAUAUGCAUUCGUAGAUAUUGAUAUUUAUUGAUAGGUAUUUACUAAAUAACGCACUUAUAACGUGUCGAGAUCACAAAAGCGCGAAGAUGUCUAAGGAAAUGUAUCAGGCUGAGAUCACGUCCACUAAAUCAAGCCAAAAUAAAGAAGAAGUCCCAAGGGCCAAUGCCGCCAGCAAGACCCCAAUCCAGAUGCUGCAUGAGUACGGCGUCAAACAUGGCAAAAUCCCCACUUAUGUGCAGGAGAAAGCUGAAGGCCAGGCCCACCAGCCCAGCUUCGUGUUCAGCGUGACUAUUGGAGAAGUCUCCUGCAAAGGUGAAGGUUCCAGUAAAAAGGCAGCCAAACACAUGGCUGCUGAGGAUGCGCUGCGCAUGCUACAAGUGAACACUGAAGCUGUGAGUCUCCCCGUGAAGUCCGAGAGUAACGGCGUUGCAGCAAAAUCAAACGACCACCACAACUCAGUGGGCAUGCUCCAGGAGCUGUCCUUGCAGAGAGGUUGGCGUCUUCCCGAGUACAAGACGCUAAUGGAGACCGGUCCCCCGCACAGGCGAGAAUUCACCAUCACCUGCGCAGUGGAGUCCCUGUCAGAGACGGCUGCUGGAAGCUCCAGGAAAAAGGCAAAGAAGGCAGCUGCCGAGAAGUUGGUGGCCAAGCUUCAGAGUCUUUCAGGCUCCUCUGAAAUCACAUGGACACCUAAACCAAGGGUGCAAUUCGAGAACCUUAAGAAUUCAUCGGCCGAGAAAAUCUCCUUCCUAAGGAGGAACCCGCUGAGCAUUCCCAACACGGACUACAUUCAGCUGAUGGCCGAGCUGUCCAAGGAGCAACGCUUUGACAUCGCCUACAUGGACAUCGAUGAGCUGACGGCCAACGGGCAGUACCAGUGCCUGGUAGAGCUGUCCACCUCCCCCGUCACCGUGUGCCACGGCACGGGCAUCUCCCGCAGCAACGCGCACAACGCAGCCGCACACAGCGCCCUCCAGUACAUCAAGAUCAUGGCCUCCACCAAGUAAAAUGCAGAAACUGGACUGGAAGGUGCAUUUUAACACAAACUACAACCACCUGUAUGUCAGGACACCAUUGUGUGUUAAUGAUUUAUUAUUUAUGUACUUAUGUGGCUGAAAGCUAACUAAAUGAAGCACUUGACAAAGAUUCAAAUACCUUUAAGUGACUUGUGUGUGUGAACUUGGCAAAAUGUAUACUCCACGCCUACCCAUGUCUACUUCAACCAUGUGUAUCAAGUUCAAAAAUAAAACCAGUCAAUGGAAACA